AUGCUUAUCGGUCAAGGCAUACAGACUCACAACACCACCACAGAUAUUGGGUAUGGAAGCCUUUACAAAGUGCAUAAAUUAGGAUCUAUACUUAAGUCUGUCACAACCAAGUCAGGAAACAUACCAUCUGACAUAGCAGUGACAAAAAAUGGAGAUCUAGUUUAUACUGAUACGGGUGAUAAAACUGUGAACAUUGUCAAGAAUGAGAAGAUAGAGGAGGUGAUCAGACUACAGAACUGGAAACCUAAUGGUGUCUGUAGUACCCCUCUGGUGACCUCCUGGUUAUCAUGUAAAGUAGUUAACAAACAAACAAUAGUUGUUCGUUACUCUGUCUCCAAUGAGAAACAACCCAUACAUGGAGCUAGAGCAGCAGUGGUGGUCAAUCAGGCCGGGAAACUGAGAUUCAGAUAUACUGGAUUCACCCCUGCUCCAAUGAAUGAACCAUUCAGUCCACGCGGAAUAACUAGAGACAGUCAGAGUCACAUCGUUUUGGCCAAUAAUAAAAAUGACUCUAUAGACAUCAUAGACCAGAAUGGACAUUUCCUCCGUUACAUACGCUGUGGACUGAGUUAUUCCAGGGGAUUGUGCAUCGAUAUAAAUGACAAUCUGUUUGUUGCUCAAUGGGAAAAACACACAAGUGAAGAAAAUCAAACAUCUACAUUGAUGUUACUGUUCUUAAUCUCAUACGUUUAG